CUGACGUAUUCUAUAUCGAUCGUUUGUUUGCUUUGUUGUAGAGGUUAUGAUUUAUCUCUGAAAGUUUUAUUCUUGCCUCAAAGAAUCUUCGGAUUGUUUUCUUUUAAAAACAAUCAAUAUGUCUGAUAACGAAGAGCCAUCGGCCAAAAUGUUUAAAUUGCAGUCUCAAAAGCAGGAGCAAGAAGAGGCAAUGGAAGAAGGUCAGGAGGAGUGGCUCAGUGAAGAUGUACUCAGUGAAGAUGAUUAUUAUCAAACUGGUGAACAGAGUGAUUAUGCAAUAAUGAGUCAAGAGGAUACAAUGACAAGCGCACAGGAAUGUGCAGAGAACUCGGUUUACCAUGAUACAGGGGACUCCAACGCACAGGAUGGACAUGAACAGGAGAAUAUAGAACAAACAUUGAAUAAUCUGGAGAAUUCAAAUGACAAAGACUUUCCAGAAGAAUUGGGAGCAUUCUUGAUAAGGAAGUCAGAUAAACCAAUAAAGAAGGAGACAGAAGGUAAAGAGAGUGAGAUAGACUCUAAACAUUCAGACGAUGAUGGCCAUGAUACUGAUGAAUUAUUGAGAAUGCUUGGUGAAGAUGAAGCAAAACGUAAGAAGAAACCUAAUUUAAAAUUAAUUAAGAAGGAAAUAAAAGAAGUAUCAUCCGAUGAAGAUGAUGAUUUUAUAUUUGGGAGUACGAAGGUGUCAAGAGUGAAGGUAGCGAAGAAAUAUUUGAAAAACUACGCGACUAAAGCGGAACCGGAAGAUAUGAGUGACAAAGAUGAGUUGUCAGACGAAGUGGCGACAAUGAAGAGUAUGUUUGUGACGCGGCGCGCGGCGGCGCCGAGCCCCCGCCCCGUGGCGGCAAAAAGCACCACCAUCGGUGGUAUUAACGCGCUACAAACUGUCACCAAACGUGUCGUCAGUCUACAUGGUAAUACCAACAAACGUCCGUUGCCGCCGACGUCGCAUCGACAAGUGAUAUUAAAGCAGGUGAGUAAAGAAGAGCCGAGACAGAGAGUGAAAGAGUCGGAGGAGAUCAUCAACGAGGAGGAGUUUCUGGAUGAAGAGGAGUUUGAUCUGGAUGAAGUUGGGGAGUUGGAGACGGAUGACGAGGAAGGUUCCAGGCAGAAGAUACGGCAGAGGAUUAUGAGGCCGGAGAGGAUGGAUGAGGAGGUUCCUUCUGAUGGUGAUAGCGUUUCUGAUGAGAGCUUAUACGAUGAGAUUUUAUCCUCGGAGUCUGAGGACUUGGAUGAAUGGUUCACGUUGGAUAUAAGAGCGGAACGAGCCGGCGAUUAUCUUCCCUUAUUAGGUACAAAAGCGAAGCAGUUAUUGGUAAAAGAGCGUAACCGUGUCGGAGCGCGACUGGCGACUCUCGACCAGAGCCUGCUGGCGCUGCGCGACAGCGGCCGCCAGCAGGCGCAGCUGCUGCGCCGCGCCGCCGCCGCGCUCACACACAUCGACACUGCGCUCAGGGCCGCCUAGCACAAUACUCACAAUACACACUUAAUACACACAUAAUACACACACACUUUACCACCAAUAACUGAAGGCUGCCUAACACACUUUACCACCAAUUACUGAAGGCUGCCUAACACACUUUACCACCAAUAAUUGAAGGCUGCCUAUCACACUUUACCACCAAUUACUGAAGGCUGCCUAACAUACUUUACCACCAAUUACUGAAGGCUGCCUAACACACUUUACCACCAAUAAUUGAAGGCUGCCUAACUCACUUUACCACCAAUUACUGAAGGCUGCCUAACACACUUUACCACCAAUAAUUGAAGGCUGCCUAACACACUUUACCACCAAUUACUGAAGGCUGCCUAACUCACACUUAAAACACAUUACAAUACACACCUAAUCCACACACUUUACCACCAAAUACUGCCUUUUCAAUAUUUUUAUAUUUUCUUCUAGUAUUUAACCUUUUUCUCGGGUUUAAAAAAUAAUAUACAAGAGGCAUAGUUGACACUUGAAACAUUUUUCACAUAACUAACGUGUAAUUGUAUCAGCGUUAGACCCGUGUGAAGCCAGGGCGGAUCGCUAGUUAAUUAUAAGCUUAUUACGAACUUGUCAUAUGUUAAAAAGGUCGAAAUGUAUAGCUUAAGUAAAUAUUUUGUUCGCAUUAGUAUAGUUAAGUUUUGCAAUAAUUAUAAGAUUUUAAGUAUGAGAAGUGUCAUAGUUGACAUGUUUUAU